GAAUGCCCGGUUUUUCGCCUAUCAGGCAGCUCUUUCUAGGCUGCGUGAAGUCCAGUAUCGAGCGAUAUUUUUACGAAAUCGGAAGCACUGCAUUAGUGCUUUAAUCGUCAUAUCUACUCGUUGGAUGUACUUUCCUGGCGGACCUUAAAAAGGACAGUCAACAUCGUGAAGGCUAGUUUUGCCUGUAAGGUUAAACCGAGGGCUAAAUAUCCUUCUUCCUACCUCUGACUUGAGUCUGCUGUAAAUUUGACUCAUGUUAAUGCUAUCACAGAGACAACGUGCUUUACCCUCAUAGAUUUCUGUCUCAUUUUUUUUUACCGUGUUAACGUUUAGUUAGAUAGGCGUUAGUUAAAACAAAUCACAGACGUUUAAAAAGAUAUAGUCGUAAAAUGACGGACCAGUCCUCGUUGUUACUGCGUAAACAACUAGCAGAGCUAAACAAGAACCCAGUAGACGGCUUUUCUGCGGGUCUUGUCGACGACGAUGACAUUUAUCAGUGGGAGGUAGUUGUCAUUGGGCCUCAAGACACCUUAUUUGAAGGAGGUUUCUUCAAAGCAACCUUAACUUUUCCCCGUGACUAUCCUCUGAGGCCUCCUAAGAUGAAGUUCAUUACAGAACUCUGGCAUCCAAAUGUGGCGAAGAAUGGUGAUGUUUGCAUUUCUAUCCUGCAUGAACCUGGUGAGGACAAAUAUGGCUAUGAGAAGCCAGAGGAGCGCUGGCUACCGAUCCAUACCGUGGAGACCAUAAUGAUCAGUGUUAUAUCCAUGUUGGCAGACCCUAAUGGAGACUCUCCUGCCAAUGUGGAUGCAGCUAAAGAGUGGAGGGAAGAUCCUAAAGGAAUUUUUAAGAAAAAAGUGGCCCGAUGUGUGCGGAGGAGUCAAGAGAUGGCAUUUGACUAAAGCCUCACUUCAGUCAUCGAUGUGGGUGGAACUUCAGAGGAUUUGACAACAUGUAAGACGUCAGUCAGCCUGAAGAUCAUGGGGCACAGUUUGUAACAUCAGUCGCCUAAAGGAGAGAGAGAGAGACUUACGGGAAGAAACAGUUCAAAAAAUUACAUUCAGCUUGUGUGUGUAUUUUUUUUUUUUUUGAACAGUCACUUAUUUCUCUAUAAAUUUUUGUUUUGCCAUUUGAGAGUUGUUUAUUUAUAAGUGUGGUUGGUUGACAGAGGCACUCAUGCUGCCCUAAGUUCUCAUUUUACAUUCAGUUUUCCUUCCUCAGUGGGACAAAAGACAGUCUCUUCCAUCAUCAGAAUUUCACUCACAGCAAGAUGAUUUAUAGGAAUUGGGUUUAUAUGAGGACACUUUUUGGGUAAAGAAUUAUAUCCCCUCUGAUAAAUGUACCAUUUAUGAUCUUAUUUACUUUCUAUGAACCUAUUUAUUUAGACCAAGGCUAUUUUAUGAUGUGUACUGUCCGUUUUUGAUGCUUUUUCUAUUUUCAACCUGCUACACUGAGCCACCAAGUCUAUUUAUCUGUCAGUAAUACAGCUUAAGACUAUUUGCAGACAUUGGAGAUGGAGAUAUGGACAAUGGCUUGUCUUUCCUGCUCAUUUUAAAAGUUAAUUUCCCUGAGAGUGGAAACGUACCAUCCAUUGCUGCCUUAACUUUGACUGCCAAGGAAGGAAACCAAUUUUCCAUCAGGACUGCAUCUGAAAGCUUGUUUUGAAGGCAGAAAAAUACAGUUAUGGACAAACCAAAGAACACAACAAUAAAUAUUUUUGUAAUGAGCAUGCUACAUUUUUUACCUUUGUAAAUAUGAACUCUUUGUCCAUGUGAUUGCGCACAAAGAUGCAUGCGUUUUUCCUGAAGGGUGUACCGUUGCCAUCGUUUCAUGGCUCUUCAAAUACCACCCAUUAAAUGAUCUGAUCUAGUUCACUCAUCAGGGCUGAACAGUCAAUCAUGAAAUACAUUUAAAUCGCUUGGAAGGAAAAUGAUUUAUUGGAUAUGCAGGUCAAUGAAUGUUAGAUUUUGAAGAUAAGUAAUAAACCUCAAUAUGGACAUUGA